AUGGCUUCAAGACGAUCUUCGACCUUCUCGACACGGUCCGUCAAACAGAGGAAAUACUCGACCGAUCGACACCAGAGGGGAGCUGAGCUCUCGAUCCGCAUUGAAGAAGGGCGACCCUUGCGGCCGCCACUGGUCAAGGAGGAAGAGAUCUCGACGUCGUUUGUGCAGGAUUUCUUUUCCAAGCCACCGGAUCCCAAGAAUGUCGCGGCUUCGUUGAGCCAUGCCGACACCUUCCCGUGCCCCCUGGACAUCCACCCGGGCCAGCGCGUCAGGGGCUUCUCAGACGCCUUCGACGACGUCGAGCAGAAACAACUCGGACUCGGACUCGUCGACGAGGAGUUGUCGUGGCCGCUGGGAUUCAAGAACCCGUUCCCAGAGCCCAACCCGCAACAGCAACUUGAGAUCGAGCAACGCGCCGCCGUCUUUCGGCGUGUCAACACCGACAUCAACGCCGAAGAGGCCCAGAUCCGCAUCACGCGCUCAGCGUCCGACGCCGUAGGGCGCGCCGGCGCCAAUCGCCCCAUCGACCGCGUCAGGAGGUGGUUGGGCAUCAAGUCUGCCAUCAAGCCGGGAGCCAUCAGCGGUCUCAAGUACGCCGCGGGCCUGGCCACGACUCAUGCGACGGCCAUCCUCUCGCAGAAACCGGCGCCGCUGUUCAAGCGGAGAGCCCUGUAUGUUUUGGAAUACGACAUCGACAAUCACGGCGUCCUGCUCUGCGCACCCCCGAAGCUAUGCGAAAACGUGUCCAGUCUACGAAAGCACUUGGAGGAGGACGAGCAAGCGGACUCCCUUCUCCGGCUGAUCUACGUCUGCAACAACGAAGAAGCAGUCAACUACCUGAGCAGUGCGUAUGGCAUCAGCGGCUCCAGCACCGAGACGGGCGAGCGCAGCUUUCGUGACUGGAUGCAGGACGACCGCGACACGCGGCGGGCGUCACACAAGGCCAUCCGAUGGCGGCCGGCGUUCGACAUCGCCAGAGGCGUCAUCUGCAUGGCGUUCGGGCUGGAUUUCGGAUCCCUGGUGGUGGCGCCUCGCCCUGGGACUCCCUCUUCUUCUUCCUCUUCUCACAAACAACAGCAGCAGCACGCUCAGCAGCUGUUGCAACCCACCCGAGCCUCGCUCUACCGCCAGCGCGUUUCAGUCUACAUGCAACGAGCGUCGUCGCAGGCCCUGCCUGGUCCGCGCGUGACGCGCUUCAACUCGGGCUCCCGGCACCUGCACGACAUGGCCAAGCGCGACACGAUCAUCAUUUGCGAAUACUCGUCCGGCGAGGCCGGUGAGAUUGUCAGUGCCAACGUCCUGCUCGGUCUGAACCCAGGCGCUUUCCCGCCCCCGCCUACCCCUACGUCCACUGCUUCUCCUGACGACGAGGAGGAGAACGACGACGACAACACCACCACGGCACUGGACCCAAGACAGCGUGCGUCGACACCCACUUUGCAGGCCGUGCUCUCGCACAUCUUCGAUGGAUUGUACCAGCUCUGGCGCGACCAGAUCGCGCUGAUCCACGAGCCCCACGCCUCGCUCGAGGACCACAUCUACGCGCACCCGUCCGAUUCAUCCAGGGCCCGCGACGUCUGGGGCAUGUCGCAGCGGCUGCACAACAUGCUGAAGCUGGUGAACCGGCACUCCAAGGUCAUCGAGGCCGUGCAGGACGACUUUGCCGUCUUCGCCGAGAUGGAGAAGUUUCAGGACGGCGGCGGUGGGGGAACCGAGAAGAAGAGAGACGGGUCCGGCGGCGGUCGUCGCGGUCGUACCAGCAACUCCGGAAGUACCUGGUUGACGCCGCUGCUGGACGACUUUGAGGUCCUGGCCGACAAUAUCGGGACGGAUUACCUCGAGCCUCUGGACUAUAUGAUUGACUUGAUGUACAAAUCCGUCACGAUCCGCGACUCGAAGCAAUCCCUCGAGCUCAACGCCAGCCUGUGGCGACUCAGCUGGAUCACUUUCAUUUUCCUCCCCUUGACAUUCCUGGUCGGCGCGUUCGGCAUGAACGUCGAUGCACUGAGGCAGUAUCCCAGCCUCAAGUGGUACUUCGUCGCCGCUGUGCCUUUGGUAUGUAACCCAUAA